AUGAAUGAGUUUGCGCUCGCGCGAUCGCGGAUACAGUCGCAGUUCGCGACGAUUCGAAGACAUCAGGCGUUGGUGGAAGCGUACGCGAGCGACGGCUGGCGCGGACAGGCGGCUCAAAAGCCGAAACCAGUCAGGGAGAUUGAAAAGGCGCGCGAGAAGAUAUUCGAGGGUAAAUUGAAGAUACGGGAGUAUUUUAAGGUUUUGGAGUUCGAUGAGCGCGAGCGCGAGAUCACGACGGUGGCGGACGAGUUUGGGGAGUGCGACGCCGCGGAUAUUUUUUGUAGCAAGUGCACCCUCGCAGACGACAGGCAUGACGACGAUAUUUUGCUCUGCGAUGGCUUCUGCGAUCGUGCGUAUCAUCAAUCAUGCGUGGCUCCACCGGUUUUGGCGGAAGACAUUCCGCCCGAGGACGAAGGUUGGCUCUGUCCGAGAUGCGACGCGCGAGUGGACGUCAUUUACGUCUUGAACGACGAGUACGAUCAAAAUUUGGGCCAGAGGUGUGUUUCAGCGGAUAUUUUCGUUGCAGAGGCGGACAUGCGAGAUAAAGGGAUCGUUCCAGGAACGGCGCAGUUCAAACACGCGCACGAAGAGGAUUGGCCGAGCGAUGAGAGCGAUGACGAGGACUUCGAUCAGGGCGGACACAGCGACGAUGGGCGAGACGACGAGCACGAGGCGCUGAGCGGAAGCGCACAGUCAUCGAGCGAUGAAUCGAGCAGCGAAUCAGAGUCUGAUCUCAUCAUCGAGGGCCCACGAAGGCGCACGAAGGUUGAUUACGUCGCCCUGAACAACGCCAUGUUCGGCGACAGCGAGGCGUACGAGGGCGAAGCUGAGGAGCUCGGUUGGAAACGCAGCAACAAAACCAAGGCGGAGAUGCUCGCGGCGCUCAAGGGUGAGAGCGCGAACGGGAUAACGAACGGUGCCACGAAGAAGGAUCCAAAAUCAAAACGCUCGAAGCGAGAGCGCGUGGAUGAGAAAUCUCCCGCACCGCGCGUCAGGUUCACUCCCGAUCAAAAACUUGAGCUCGAGCGUGUCUUCUCCGAGUGCGCGUCGCUCGACAUUGACGCGCGCGACGCCCUCGCGAAGCGACUCGGGAUACCCGGCGGCGCAAAUUCGAUUAAAAUAUGGUUCAUGAAUCGCCGUCGUAGGGCUAAGAUUUUGGGUGAGAGGUAA